AGAAGAGAUGGCACAGGUGUGCAUGUCAUUAUGAGAUGAGGGAGGGCAGCCUUUCCAGACCUUGAGAAGAGGAGUAUAAAGAGAGAACGGCUAGAUUUGGUACUGCUGUUUAACCCUGGGGCUCUUGGGAAGAAGCAGAGAAACAAGAGACUGGACAGAGGAACCAUUGACAUCUUCCAGCCACAGAAGAUCUUCAUUUGAAUCCAGCCUUUUCCAGGCAAAUUCUUCCUCCAGUUAACGCCAUUCUAGUUAUCUGCUGCCCACCCCCCAGGAUGUUCAAGGAAUAUUUCCAGUACAAGGGGAUCAGCUUUCCUCAAAUCAUCUACUCAGAACAAGUGCUGCAGAUGGUGGAAAAUAAUUUCCAAGUUCGAGAUGAUGAUAUUUUCAACGUUACCUACCAAAAAUCAGGGACCGUGUGGAUGCUGGAAAUUUUAAGUCUCAUCCGUAGCAACGGUGACCCCAGCUGGUGCCGAACAGUCCCCAAUUGGGAUCGAGCCCCUUGGUAUGAGACGGUGAUAGGAUACAGAACGGCUUUGACCAAUAAGUCACCGCGCAUUAUCAGCUCCCACCUGCCGGCACAGCUCUUCGCAAAGUCCUUCUUCAAAUCCAAAGCCAAGGUUAUCUACACAGUCAGGAACCCCAAAGAUGUCUUGGUAUCCCUCUAUCAUUUUGCUUCAAUGUUUCGCCCCUAUAAAGACCCUGGCACCUUGGAUCAAUUUCUGGAGGGCUUCCUAAAGGGAGAUGUGCCGUUUGGAUCCUGGUUUGACCAUGUUAAAGGCUGGCUGAAGUUGAAGGACAAGGAAAACUUCUUCUUCAUCACAUACGAGGAGCUGCAAGAGGACCUGCGAGGGAGCGUAGCCCGCAUUAGCCAGUUCCUGGGCAAGGACUUAGACGAUGACGCCAUAGACUCUGUGGUGGCGAAUGCCUCCUUUGAGGCCAUGAAAAGCAAUAAAAUGUCAAACUUCUCACUCUCACCGCACUUCCUCAUGAACCAGAAGAAAAGCGCUUUCCUCCGCAAAGGGAUAUCUGGUGACUGGAAGAACCAUUUGACCACUGCACAGAGUGAGUGUUUUGACCAGAUCUACCAGGAGCGUAUACAAGACUUAAAUGUCACAUUUCCAUGGGACAAAGAAUGAAGCUGGCUUUCCCUGCUGACCCUCCCUCACUGGACUGGUUAUGACUCAACAGGAUACUAACUGUCUAGCACAACACACCGUAGUUUAGUGGGAACAUCUGGGGUGGGUAGGAGCCAGGACUCCUGGUUUUCAUGGAAGGAGAAUGGGGUGUAGGGAGUAUGCAAUGGAUAAUCCAGGGCUCCAGGAAGUGAGACGGAGGUGGUGGAUUAGAGUCCAGAGGUAACUGGAGGCCAUAGGGUCACAGGGCACAAGCUGAAGGCACAUGAUGAAACAGCAACCUUGCUGAAGCUAAGCAGGUCUGGGUGUGGUUGGUGCCUGGAUAGAGGACCAUCUGAUAACCCUAUGUAUGAUGCGCCUUGAGUUCCAUGAUGGAAGAAAGAUGGGAUGUAAAUGUAAUAAAAUAAAUGUUCAGUGGUUUUAAAGCCCGGUGGUUUAAAGAAAGGAAUGGACAGGAACAAGACAGUAUCUGGCAAUCUUUUCCAGAGGGAGGAGAAAAGGAAAUACAGAAAUAUAGGUGGUGAUCAUUUCUCUGUCCAGCCCUCAAAAUCCAAUGUGGCAGCUGCUUGCUUGGAUCACCAGGCCUGUGCCAGAAGAAUGGCCUCGUCAGGUAAAGGAGGGAAGAACACAGCUUUGUUGCUUUCAAAACAGGGGCUUUGCACUAGGACCAUCAGGGAGGCAGGACAGGAAGUGGGAAGAUGCAAGACUUGCCUGCAGAGCCAGUGUGAAGCAUGACUGGGCCCUUGGUAGCCCAACACACACACACACACCAAUACAGGUGGCAUGGGGCUAGGAAGCGCACACGGCAUUCACACUGAUGGGAGAGGUAGGUGGGGCAGGCAUCCUUAUUGAAGCCCGUGCUGUCUGUAUUGGGGGA